AUGUCCCUCUCCGCCGCGACCUUCUCCGGCCGGUCGCCAAUGGCGGCCCCCCUCCGGGCCCUGCCCCCCCUGCGCGCCAGGCCAUCUCGCCUGGCAUGCCGCGCCGAAAAAUCGAACAAGGGAGACAGCGGGGAGCGCCUGAGGGAUGCGCUCGCCGGCCCCGUCGUGGCGGCCGUGGCGGCGGCGAUGCUGACCGGCGCCAUGGUUCCCGAGGAGGCCUGGGCGGCGCGCAGCGGCGGCAGGAUGGGAGGGUCGUCGUUCCGCGCAAUGCCCAGGGCCGGUGGUGGAGGCGGGAGGUACAGCGGAUAUGGUGGCUACAGCGGUGGGGCGUUGGUGGCACCUCCCCUUGUCGGUGGCUAUGGCUAUGGUGGCGUGAUGCCGUUCUUCUUCCCAGGUUUUGGCUUCGGCUUUGGCGGGGGCCUUUUCCAGAUCUUCAUCGCAAUGUUCCUCAUCAACGCCGUCGUGAAUGCCAUCAGGAACGUCACAGAAGGCGACAAGGAUGACGACUUUGAUGACGAUUUCUAA